CCCCUUUUGACGGAGAUGGUCGAUCACCCAACGCUGCUGCCGCCGCGGCCGCCGCUUUCUGGGACUUUAUCGGCCCUUUCUCUUCAUGCAUUUUUGUUGCUUAUCACCCAACAACCAAAGGACCAAGAAGCAGCACCGGCAACGAUAACUCUAUAUCGACAACCAUCAUCCCGUCAGUUCUACUAUUUUCAUCCAUCCAUCCAGUUAUGCAGACGAAUUGGUAGUAUAAGCAGUCGUCGUAGUGAAACAGUUGUAGUAGUCGCAGCAGCUGCUUCUUGUUGUGAAUUUCGACUAUUCCCUACUGGGCAACCGCGAUCCGUAGCACUUACUGGAAGUGGUAACCCAGUGUGCAACAAUUGUGACAAGUGUAUUUUAGCCGAGGUCGCGUCCAACCUGAUUAGCUCGACUUACCAAGAAACCAGCAUGGACCCCGUCGAUACAAACGGUGUACUAGAUAGUGACGGUGAACCAAUGGACGAUCGGAGCAAUCUGAGUUCGCGCUGCGCUACAACGCAAAACUCGGUUGAACCGAAAUUACUGUGUGAGCGAUGUGGACGUCAAGGGAAGGCUGUGUCGUUCUACGGCAAAAAAAAGCAGUAUUGUUCAUUUUCAUGUUCAAGACCAUCGGUUGUAGCCAAAAAGAUCCAGCAAAAAAAGAAUGUUCGUUUGCCAGGAAGUUUUGACUGGCGCACGAUGCUGGACAAACCCCAGUUUAAAGCUGGGCCAGUGUCGUCGUUUAAGUUUGCUCCUCUUUCAGAAUGGUGGGCUCGUAAUGUAACUGUUGAUAUGAAGGUUGAAGUACAGAAUCACGAUGCAUCUGACAUCAUACAGCGGGUAGUCUACUGGGUUGCUUCGAUCCUCGAAGUAAAAGGAUAUUUUGUUAAGCUGCGAUACGUCGGAUUUGAGAACGAUGCCUCAAUGGAUUUCUGGGCAAACCUCUGUUACGUACAAGAGGAGGACACGCAUUUGGUCGAUCAUUCUGUCCACCACGUUGGAUGGUGCGCUGUACACGAACGACCUCUAGUACCACCGAAGACAAUUGAGAAUAAUACUAAUAACUGGCGUGAUUAUAUGGUUCGUCGCCUCACUGGUAGCAAAACUCUACCUCACAAUUUCCAUAAGGUGGUACGAGAGAAAUUAAAAAGUCGAUUUGAGAUCGGAAUGCGGGUUGAAGCUGUCGAUAAGACCCGCUUGAGUUCACUACGGGUGGCAGUGGUGCAGAAAAUUGUGGGCCGCCGUUUGUUUGUGAAAUACGAGCGUAUGGAGGACGACGAGGGUUUCUGGUUCCACGAAAAGUCACCAAUGAUACACCCUGUUGGGUGGGCGAGAAUGACUGGCCAUGAGCUGUUGUCCACUGAAGAGUAUGCCAAGAACAGUUUAAGCAAGGCCCUUAAUAAUAAGUUUGGACCGAAAGACGCAUCAUGGACCCUGUUGCCACCAAUUGUAGUUCAUGAAGAGGUUGCAGCCGAGUUUGAAACCACAAGAUUCGAAGUAGGCAUGAAACUCGAAGUUAUCGAUCCUCUCAACCUAUCGAUGAUUUGCGUGGGUACAGUAUUUAAGGUGCUAAGAAGUCACUUUCUUAUGAUUGCGGUUGACGGAGCUACAUCGCCAAACGGCUCCGACUUAAUGUGCUAUCACGCAACUUCACCAUACAUCUUUCCAGCAGGCUUCUGUAAAGCUGCUGGUGUAGCGCUGCAACCCCCCCACGGAUACAAAAAGAAAUUUGAUUGGGACGAGUACCUUCGCGAGACAGAAAGUCGAGCAGCGCCAAUGAAUCUUUUCAAGCGAGUUCUUCCCGCUCACGAAUUCCAGCCCGGUCAAUGGGUUGAAGCUGUCGACCUAAUGGACCCGAAAUUAGUUUGUGUCGCUCAAGUGACACGAGUGGUUGAUAGGCUUCUACGUAUUCAUUUCGAAGGUUGGGAUGAAUCCUAUGAUCAAUGGGUAGACUGCGAGUCGCCAGACAUCUUCCCAAUCGGGUGGUGUGACAUGGUCGAGUACUUGUUGACACCGCCAAAUACAGGAAACGGUUUAGAAACGCCUGUGCAUCUGCAAACACCAGGUGGGGCUGCUGCACGAAAGAAAAGAGAAUCUGGAAAUGCGACCGGCGGUGGACGAGCUAAAAAGAAAAAAAGGAUGGGCUUUAAAGGCGAAUCACGCACGUCAGGUGGAAAGUCCUUUCCUCAUGCUCGUUCUGCAAAUUCCGGAACUGUCGAAAUUAAAAAUGAGCCAACCACCGCUGACGACGAACCGGAAGACGCAAUGGCUUUAGAAAUUGCGGUUCCAAUGGAAAACGAAAUCGUUCCAACCGUAAACGCUAACGUAGUCGAAGAUGCUUCUUCAACACAAGAGAACGAGCCAUCUGUAACAGUUAUAAAAGAGGCGCUUUCACCCCUCAAAUCCUGGAGUUGCGAGCGCGUAGCCGACCAUCUCAAAACCCAAUGCCCCAAUACGGCGCAGGCUGUGACAGCCAAUAAGCUGACGGGCGAACAGUUAGAAACCAUGACAGCUGCUGAACUAGCCGCAUUGGGUGUCCCGUUGGACGAGGCGAAAACCAGUUUCGAACUUUUACUAAAAAAGGAUGGUGGGCAGGCCCCAGUUGCUGUAACUGGAACAAAUGGUGGAAUUGAAGCCGCUCUCGCAAAGUCUGCAUCAACAAGGGAACCAAGACUCUCGGCAGUAACAGCAGCAGCAGAUGUUGAUAGCAAUAAUACCAGUAGAUAAAUAACAGAGGAGCUGCGUGCUAGUGGAACGAAACGAGCAACAUCACCAUUACUACCCUUCCGUUUUUUCAUUAGCCGGCUCGCAGGAUGGUGGCAAAUCAUUAUUAUGGACUGCGCCGAUUUUCAUCUAUCAUCAGUCACCAAUUUCUUAGUACGACCUCAAUUUAAUAAUACUAUUGCUGUAUUAUAGAAUAAUAAUGUUCGAAGUGCCUCGUCGAAGUCGUAAGUACUUGACUAAUUGUCCAGCUAGAGGGACGUUCCCACGCCUCCUGUACACCCGUUUCCCUGCCCAAUAUUAUGUCAUGUAAAACAUGGCGAAUUUAAACAAGUGUGAAGGCUGACUGCGUGAUAUAGAUAAAAAGUAUAUAAAUUCCAGAUGCGGCUCAAAGGGAAGAGAGAUAAGGGAAGAUAGCGACCGAUUACCUGUAAAGUAGUCAUUUUCAACCCCAAUUAUUUCGUUUUUGGACAAACUCGUGAUUGAGUGGUCAGGGUUUUGGUCGAAUAGGCAGAAAUCAACUAAAUAAUUGGAGACAGCAGAGAGAGAGCUUGCAAAUAAGAUCUGAUAAAAUCACUUUGGUGUUGCAAUGCCCGGGCGCUGUGGAGUGAUUGUAAUUGCAGAAACAUUAAUCGUAUCGUUAGCAGCAGAAAAACAAAGUGUUUUCUAAGUCUCUUCGAUCCGUUAUUUGUAGUUGUAUACAGAUGUGCUUGUCAUAUGUGCAAAUGUUUGGUGUAAUGGUACGUUUUUUUAGUAGUAAUUGUUGAAAAAUAUGAGAGCUUGCUAGUGCUAAAAUAACGAUCGUUAUUUCCUGUAGUGGUCUAGCAGGCUGACGGUGGAUACAACUUUCAUUUAGCGAACUAGACGUCGAUUUAGGAAACUAGCACAACAAUUAGGAUAACGAAAAUUCGCUAUAUUAUUUGUGUAAUCGAAGGUUUUUUGUGAACGCUCCAUUCAUACAGAAAGACGGAUAUAAAGAACGAAUAAUCGGAAAAUUGAACUUUAAGACUUGAUUUUUUUAUGUACAUUAAUUUUUGAUAGAUGUAGAUAUAAAUGUACAUAAGUGCUUAUCCAUACAAGGUGAUCUCAGUAUUUCAUAAAUUAAAAGAAAUCCAAACCAUCAAGCACCGUAAAUUACUGGCGUCUUUAGGAACUAUUUUAAUUUGAAAUGUAUAACAAUCCAAACGGUUUGACUUUUUAAUAUCUUUGCUUCAACUUGGGUAGUGCGGCUCCAGAUUAAAAGUGGGAUACGACGGAGAACUUACCGAUAGAUGAAACAAACAGUUGAGAUCUAUUAACUCUGCAGAAAAAUUUAGCCAGCUGUGUUUCGUUAGUUACUAUUACGAAAACAAUUUUUUCCUCAUUUGACAUUUCGGACCGUCAAUGAGGGUUAAAAAUAAUUAUGACCAUUUAAAGAAAUUUUUUCGAGCAUCGAGUAUUUAACUAGCUGCAGAACUGAAACUCGUACCACCUAUGCUAACAUGACACAGAUACAUUUCGCAGCUUAGUUUGCAUUCAAAAUAUCAUUUCUGUGCUACAAAACCACUUUGCGAAGAGUGCUAUAAUGACGGAAAUAAUGAAUAUGUGACCUUCUGCGUCGAGUUCCGUGUGUGGAUCCUUUUUGAUUCGUUUAUUAGACUCAUUAACAUUACAGUAUAAUUGUCUGUUAAUCCAACGCUUAUUCGUCCUUUUUCAUUCAUUUUCUUGGACACGUUUUCUAAACUUUUUUUGCUAUGAUCUAUCUGUUCUGUAUCGGAGCUCAAGAAAUAUGGUAUGAUAUACGAUCGCAUUGUUAUGUUCGGCUUGUAUAUAUUCGGUAACAGCAGCAUAUGCCUAUCACUAAUGGCGAAGGAUCAAAGUAUCCGCAAAAUGUGUCAAUUUUUUUCAAUAUAUUACCCUACUACAUGUUGCUGCAGAUCUGCACUGUCAAGAAAGCCAUGCCUGCAGGUCCCCUAGAAACUGAAUUUUUUUUUAAAAGCAGAAGAACGAUUUUAACCCUUCCAUGCAAAAAAAAUAUUUUUUGCUCUUAAUAAUUAGAGACUGUGGAUAUAAAUACUGGGAUGACCGUCUUGCCAUGUAACCUCUCGUAUUGUCUUCGUUCGCCGGUCGAUUUCGUCGAGUGGAACGCAAAAACGCGAAGCUACGAAUUCGUGUAACUAUCCGUCAAAAAAAAUGCACAUUUCUUGCAAAAAACGUAAAGAAAACAGGAUUAAUAUUUUUAAGUUGACUGAAUGAUUUAUCCGGUAAUAGACUGACGUGGCAGGAAUUAUAAAACGGUCCUGACGUUGCACUCAUCGUCAGAUUUUGCCUUCUUACGGCUCCACUACCGUUACUAUAACUUAUAGGCGACCAAACACACACACAUAUAUAUAUAUAUGUAUAUAUCUAUAUAUAUAUAUGUAACUUUACCUAAACAAUUUACGGGAUAGCUGGUGAUUGCUUUUGAAUUGAGUUAUAACUGAACAGUGUUAAUAUUAUGCAUUAUGAAUUAUAUAUACAUACAUUAGAGUAUCUCAGUGUUUCGUGAGUGUAGAGCUGCAUGUUCAGCUAUUUGAUUAGGUGUGUUUAUGAGUAUCUCGUUAUAUACAGGCACAAACGUCUACGCCUAUAUACAUGUGGAAUAGAAAUAUGUACUUAAAAUAAGUUUUGAGUAGUCGUAGUAAUGACAGUAUAUUUGCUAGAGGUACUUUUGUAAUCUUCUAUAAUGAGAUUUUCCCUUGAAAAGCAGCGGAGCAGUUUUGUGCGGGUAAACAGAAGAUGAACAGCAAACUGAGAUUAGUAUUUAAUGGUACGGCAUUUUGCGUAUAUUCUUACGUUGAUUAGGUGUACCCAUCGUACACUGUACAAAAAUCGCAGUGGAAAUGUGAUAACAAGAAACUCAUCACCAUCGUCAUCAUUAUAAUUAUUACUACUAACCUUUAGUGCAUGAGUUUGCUGUAGACGAUACCGUGGGCAAUCAUGAAAUUAAGAAUUGGUUUUCUCAAAAAUGUCGGAGGAAAUUUGGAUGCGAUGUCGAAAUUGAGUAAAUCAGCGACCAAUAAUAAAUGUGUUUAGGUGAAGAACGCCGUAUUUAGAGGGCAUUAUUUUACAGAAGUUGUUGUGCGUAAGUGAAGCAAUCCACCAACCCGUUGGCGGAAUGAUUUUGUUGAGCAAUAUAAUCGGUAUGUUGAGUCGUUAUUGGAGAUUAUGUUUAGUUUCUUGUUGUGCCAAUUUGAGUUUCGUAAAAGGUACUAGGUUUGUCUGAUUAUUACCCGUUGGUUCAUUCUUUGAUCUGACUAUUCUGAUGAGCAAACAACACUCGUUUUAUUGUUCGUCCUUUUGAACAUUGCGGUAAUUGUACGCUUCAAUGAGAAUGACGUUAGGGAAAAUUGGGGUAUUCGUAUAAGUUCUAAUAACAUACGAUUUACACGGUGAAGCAGUUAACUUGUUUAAGUACUAUCACUAUUGAACGUCAUUAUCCAGCCUCUCAAAACGGCAGUCACCCAUAUCACUACCACUCAGUAUAACCGAUAAGCUACCGUGAGAGUCGUUCUCAGCUAUUCUGAUUAGGGGGUUUCAAAUCCAUUGAUCAUUAUCAUAUCCACACGAUAUAAUAAAGAGCUAAAGGAAUGUGAUCCCAUUGCAAGGUAUGAUGAUCGAGCUAUGAACUUCCGUUCGUUUCGUAUGUUCGGAUUACUCUUUGAGUGUCGUUUAUUCUAUCAAACCCAUUGACGUAAUUGUUUGUGAACAGUUAAUUCGCAGGAUUUUCGGUAAUAUCUUGAAGCGUCAAAUUCAUAUUUGCAAAGCCAACAGAAAACAAUUAUGUGACACAUGGCAUACACUGAGAACAGACUAAUGUACCAAUAUAUAUAUAUAGGCCGAUAUAGUCGUCCAUUAAAAUGUGCAAUCACCAUUAUAUAUACAUUAAGAUUAAGACCUAUAGAAUGGUUAAUCACUAACAAUCGAUUAAUAACUAUGUGUUGAGUUCCACAAAAUCUCAUUUCUGGAUUUUCGAACAUCUGUAAAUUCGUCAUCUUGGGCAUUAAUGAUUAUAUUCAUUCACAAUAAUAAUUGAUCAACAUAACAGUAGAUGAACAAUGUGAGUGCGUUGACCCAAGUGAGCUGUUUACCUUAAAUUCCGAUUGACGAGAGAUCUGCUGUUGUACAAAUCAGCUCGAAUAUCUUGUACAGAAGGCAACGUACAUCACUGUACGAGCAGCGUAUUCGAUGUAUGUAAUGACAGUAUAGAACCGAGCCCGAUGAGUCGACGAUCUGGAAAAGAGAAAGAGGAAAGAAUAAGAAAAAUGUUUGGUGGAUUUACUAUUGAGAUAUAUAUAUAUAUACAUAUAUAUACAUAAUAUUCAUGUAUAUGUCGAAUAAAAUAAACCCCAUCUUGA